AUGUUUAGUGGUUUCGUGACGCGUUUUCACAUUACAGGACGCUCUUUACUUACUCUCUAUAAUAAAGUUGCAUACCGACUCUUAUCUACCACCAACACUAUUUCUAAGAAUAUUCCCGGAAUUUCUUUUGAACAAGAGGUUAACCUCAGUAAUAACCAUUUAAAUGAUAAAUAUUUUCUAGAAAGAUAUGACCAAAGAAAGCAAUUACAUUAUGCAAGACAAGCGAGAGACGCACAAGUACCUCUUGGUGGUUUGGUUGAUUUGAAUGACGUAUUUAUUAAUAAUGAAGUAAACCUAAAUUAUACGAAAGUUUAUGGUUUUGAUUAUGACUACACUCUGGCAAACUAUACCGAGAAUUUAUCAAGAGCAAUUUAUCGGGCUUUACGAUACCUCCUCAUUAAACAGUUUAAUUACCCUAAAGGACUUGAAUCUCUUGAUUUUGAUCAGGAUUUUGCUAUCAGGGGCUUGCAUUACGACAUGCAAACAGGAUGGCUAAUGAAAAUUGACGCUUUUUCAAAUGUGCAAAUGAAUACAAUCUAUUUUGGUAGAGAGCCUCUAAAAGAUAUUCAAGAACUACAUGAAAUUCAUAAGGGAGUGCAUAUAUCACAAGAGUAUUUAAACGACAUGUAUCAACUUAAUGAUCUCUUUAGUAUACCUGAAGCGUGUCUUUUAGCUGAUGUGAUUCAAUAUUUUAAUGAUCAUGAUGUAAAAUUUCAUCCACGUUAUCUUGUUGAAGACGUUCGUGCUGCAGCAAGGAUAAUUCAUUUGGGUACAUCUCAUGAUGGAAUUGGUGGACAAUUACAUCACAUGAUCAUCAAUCAUAUCCCCGAGUUUUUGGAGAAAGCACCUCGACUAGUGAAAUACCUAGAGAAGUUGAGAACACAUGGAAAAAAAUUGUUCUUGUUAACGAAUAGUAGCUUUGGUUUCGUUGACAAAGGAUUAAGUUAUAUUACCGGGAGUGCAGAUUGGCGUUCACUUUUUGACGUCAUAAUCUGUUCUGCUGAUAAACCGAGAUUCUAUACAACGCGACGUCCAUUUAGACGUGUAUCAGCACCCAACUGGAGUAUUGUAGAUAAAUUCGAGAAGGGAAAUGUAUAUCAGGGUGGAAAUAUGAUGGACUUUAGUAAAUUUACCGGAUGGCAGGGUUCGAGUAUUAUGUAUAUUGGUGAUCAUGUUUAUUCAGAUUUAGUAUCACCCACUCUGCAACAGGGCUGGCGUACUGGGUGUGUAAUACGUGAACUCUCAAGAGAAAUCUCUAUUCGUAAUCUACCGACUUCUCGAUUCAGCCUUUCAUGGCUCUUAAACUUAGAGUCAUUAAUAAGAGAAGCGCAGGCUGCUUCAAUCGACCAACAGCAUCGAGAGAAACUUCAAUUGUUACUAAAUGAAUGGCGCUCAGAAAGAAAGGAAUUACGAACUUUAUUGAAACGGGUGUUUAAUCCACAAUUUGGAAGUGUGUUCAGAACGCAUCACAAUCCGACUUUCUUUGCAAAUAAAAUUAGAAAAUUCGCAGAUCUAUAUACUUCGAAUGUAGAAAACUUUAAUAAUUAUCCACUUGAUUACAUUUUUUAUCCGGAGAGAGCGUAUCUACCACAUGAAGGAUUAGUAGAGACAUUCUUUGACCCCGGACAAAGAAUGUAG